CUAAGGCCAAGAUGGCGGCCCCCAUGGCACUGAAAUGCUGCAAGAGUUUGCCACUCGUGGUUAUUUUGGGUGCGACAGGCACCGGCAAGUCGAAAUUAGCCAUCGAAAUCGCAUCGAAGUUCAAUGGAGAGAUUAUAAGCGCAGAUUCGAUGCAGGUGUACAAAUCUCUCGACAUAAUUACGAACAAGGUCACACAGGCUGAGAGGGAAGCCGCACCACACCACCUCAUCGACUUUUUGGAUCCGUUGUGGUCGUACACCGUCGUCGACUUCAGAAAUAAGGCCAUCGGAAUAAUUGAAGGAUUACUGAACAAGGGAAAGCUGCCUGUCAUUGUGGGCGGAACCAAUUAUUACAUUGAAUCCCUUCUGUGGAGGGUGCUCGUCAAACCAGAGAGUCAGCAACCAGGCAAGCUCACUUUCGAAAGCAGGAAGGUGGUCUUGAAGGACAUCAUCAUCUCACACUUGUCGGACCCCAGAAACGAAACCAUUAACGAAGAGGAAAAGACGAAACUCGACAGCUUGCUUACCAAGGUGAGCGCAAACUCACAACUGGAGGAAGCCUCCACGGACGACAUGUACAGCUGUCUUGAGCUGGUCGACAGGGCUCGUGCAAAAAUGCUGCAUCCCAAAGACCGGCGUAAGAUCGAGCGGAGCUUGCAGGUGUACCAAACACACCUGAAGCCACACAGCGAGCUGAUCGAGGAGCAGAAGCGGUUGCACGGUGGCAGUUCUCUCGGCGGGCCGUUGCGUUACCCCCGGACCUGUGUCCUUUGGCUCCAGUGUGACCAGCAAGUUCUGGACGAGCGGUUGGACGGUCGUGUCGAUGACAUGAUCAACUGCGGGCUGGUUCGGGAGAUGCAGGAGUUCCACAGCCGCUACAACAGGCAUCGGCUGGAGCAGAACUUAGAGGGAGACUACACGAGGGGCAUCUUCCAGUCCAUUGGGUUCAAGGAAUUUCACCGGUAUCUUGUCAUGAGUCCGGAGGAACAGCAGUCCAAGAAGGGGCAGAAGCUUUUCGCGGAAGGUCUGUGGCUCAUGAAACAGGUGACAAAGCGCUACUCAAGACGACAGAAGAAGUGGAUCAUGCAGCGGUUUCUGAGCACCCCGGAUAGACAGGUACCACCGAUCUACGGUCUCGAUGCGACGGACGUUUCUCAGUGGGAGCACCUCGUCAGAGACCGAGCUUUCGACAUCGUCGAGGAUUGCCUCGAGGAGAGAGCGGUGCGUCAUGCCCCCCUGCCGACCGUCGAGAACAAGGGCAACGUGCAUCAACUCUUCACCUGUGACGUCUGCAACGUCUCGACGGUGGGAAGCAUCACUUGGGAAGUCCUCAAGUUUCGCCUAGCAUCAUCUAAACGGAGACAUUGUGGAUUGCAACCUGAUAUUGCCGGCACAGGUGCGAGCUCUCCGAGAAACCAAGUCAGCCACCACCAGGCUUGUGCUGCAACGGACUGUGAUUCAGCUUUGCCGGCUGGGUGUACUGUGUAUGCUAAGGCAAGAGAGACGGUUAGCAGUGGGCAUUGGAUGCCAGCAAACUGCGGCAGAAGAUGCUCCGACUCCACUUCUGUGCACGCCACCUGGUAUGAAUCCCCGACUACACAACACUUCUCAGAACGCAUAGAAAAAUAGUUUGGAGAAUCGGAA